ACCUCCUGGGUAGAAAUUAUACCAUCUAAUUUUUUACCCAUUGAUAAAUGUUCAAUUUACUUGGUGUGUACUAAUAUAAGGGUACUUCUUACUGUUUAAAAAAUGGCAUUGGAUGCCGGAUUGAGUCAACCAAAUUCUCUUGAAAAAGCCCACAUGUCCCCAAGCUUUUCCCCACACUGAAUCCUCAUAGCACACGAUCCCAUAAUGGAAGAAGUCUCAAACUCCACAGAAUCCACAAUCAUGACUGCACUCUCCACCUUAACUCCUCCCCAACUCUCCGAUCUGACCCACUCCAUUUCCUCUCUCCUCCGCCACCACCGCCGCCGUCUCUCCUCCCUCCUGUCCUCCCCCACCCUCUUCUCCCUCACCCUCCAUCACCUCCACUCCCUCUCCCUCCACCACAAGUCCCUCCUCAUCGCCCGCCACCUCUUCUCCACCCUCACCCACCUCACCCAAAUAUCCACCACCAAAAUCACCCUUCCACCGCUCACCGCCACCACACUCCGUGACCUCGACGCUGCCCUUCUCCUCCUCCUCCUCUGUGAACUCCGCCAACAUGACCCUGAAGCCCUCGAAGUAUCUCCAACUAAGUGGCGCCAAAUUCUUUGCCACUAUUGCUCUAAUACCAUGUUAACACUAUCUGGUCUUGGAGUUUCAGAUGGUGAAGUUUUGUUUGAGUAUGUUGAGGUGGUGGCAAAGUGUAAGAGGUUUGUUGGUGUAAUGGGUGGUGGAGGGAAGGAGGGGAGAGAAUUGGCAGCGUCGGUGGCGGCAGUGGUGGCGUUGGCGGCUGUUGAGGUGAGUGGGGCUGGGAGAGAGUGCGUGAUAUGCAAGGAGGAAAUGAGAGAAGGGAGAGAUGUGUGUGAAUUGCCAUGUGAGCAUUUGUUUCAUUGGAUGUGCAUAUUGCCUUGGCUGAGGAAGAGGAACACGUGUCCUUGUUGCCGGUAUCGGCUUCCGACCGACGACGUGUUCGUCGAGAUCGAACGGCUGUGGGAGGUGGUGGUCAAGAUGGGAGGUGGUCGUCACAUGUAUGGAGGAUGUACGUGAUUAUUUGAUGAUCUAGUGUGAUGCACCCUAUGCAAUCUAUCAUACACUACAUGUUCCAUGAUGAGAUGGGCCACAGAUGUUGAUUCUUGAUCAUGAUCCAAGUCCUCAAGUGUGACAUCUGAGUAAAAAUAUAGCGUCAAUCACAGAUUUGUUCGACUUUGACCCAUCUUAAUCUUAAUGGUCUAACCAUAUUUGAUCAUGGCCUAGCUACCAGUGAUUCUUUGGGCGUGAAAUGAACGGCUUUGAUAGUGAUUGUGGUCCUUGUGAGAGCUUCACAGCAUUCACUCAUUGUUGAUAAUGAUUAUUAGUUAUAUGUUUUGUUGGCUGUUUCGUGUGGUUUAAGUUCAGUGGCUUGGAGAGGGACAAAACAGAUAUUUUGGGAGCUUGCCAAUUGACACCAGAAAUAUUACACAUAUGAAAGGCUGUGUAAUGUCUUUCUCACAUUUAUGUAAUACCUAGCUGUACAUAAAUUAAUGGGAUUGUAUUCUGUUAUUUUCUUUUUAAUUGAUAAUCAAUUAAUUAGAAUAUUUGAACCCUUA